AUGUCUAUGGCCUACGUAAUGGGAAAAGAGCAAGAGGAGGUUCUGCCAUACCGUAUUAUGCGUCUCAACCGUGCUCCAGCCGUUGGUCCCGUUGCUCGUAAAGAGGACAAUGAAUCUACCCACAGUUCUUGCGGGUACGACAGCAGCCCCGCUACAUUGGAGUCUGAACGACAGUAUCAAAUAGAAGGCGAAGGCCAAGAAUGUGCGAGUUGCACCGCUUGCAGCGGUAAAGUUUAUUUGCAUGAUAAAAUUACCGACGAUAUAGUUCCUGUUAUGGCAACGACAACAAAACCGUCAGUGACGACCACCUCUCCGCCUGCGCAUCGUUUGCGCAGAGGUCGUGGCCAAGCUAUUGUUCGUGCCGCAACUGAUCAUUUGAAAGGAGGAGGGGUUCUCGUUGAAGAUGCUCCGGAACUUAUUUAUGCUGGCCGGCGGGCCCCACGGGGUUACUGUGCGGCUGCUGCUCAACAUGUGCAACUCUUCGCCACACCGACGUCCCCAUCCGAAACACCGGCGGAUAUAUUUUGGGCAAAAGUCAAGUCGUCUCGACAGUCCCGCCUCGCUAUGCUGCGUGGCAGUGGUCCCCUGUGGUGA